GUCCGCCGGCCAGGUGAACAGGAGCCGGAAUCUCUCUCCGCCGGCGAGUCCGGUCACAAGUUUCCCAGAGCUGUGGGAACUACGUACGUCUUACCUGAGAGCUGCGAAGUUUCACAACUGGAUGUGUACACACUCUGUCCCUAUUCGGGGAAAGGCGGUUUUUUUUUUAUGUUUGUUAAGUUGUCCGUGUUGCCGUUGCCAUGGCUCUCUCCGAGCUGUACACCAAGUAUAACAGAGUGUGGAUUCCAGAUGCCGAGGAGGUGUGGAAGUCGGCCGAAAUUUUACAGGACUACAAAACUGGGAACAGUGUCUUGGAAAUACAGCUUGAAGAUGGAACUGUACUAAAUUAUGCUCUAGAUGCAAACCAAGAGCUGCCCCCUCUCCGAAACCCCGACAUCCUGGUUGGGGAGAAUGACCUCACGGCCCUCAGCUACCUGCACGAACCUGCCGUUCUACACAAUCUCAAAGUUCGCUUUGUCGAGUCCAGAAUCAUCUAUACCUACUGUGGUAUAAUCCUCGUCGCUAUAAAUCCUUACAAGCAGCUGCCGCUUUACGGAGAUGCCAUAAUCCAUGCCUACUCAGGCCAGAACAUGGGAGACAUGGACCCCCAUAUAUUUGCAGUGGCUGAGGAAGCUUACAAACAGAUGGCUAGGAAGAACAAGAACCAGUCCAUCAUAGUGAGUGGAGAGUCUGGGGCAGGGAAAACUGUGUCUGCCAGGUACACCAUGAGGUAUUUUGCUAUGGUCAGUAAGUCUGGCAGCAAGGCUCAUGUGGAGGACAAGGUUCUAGCAUCCAACCCCAUAACAGAGGCCAUCGGCAAUGCAAAGACAACUAGAAAUGACAACAGCAGCCGUUUUGGGAAGUACACGGAGAUUAGUUUUGACCGAAGAUAUCAAAUCAUUGGGGCGAAUAUGAGAACGUACCUUCUGGAGAAAUCCAGAGUAGUAUUUCAGUCAGAGAAUGAGAGAAACUAUCACAUAUUCUACCAGAUGUGUGCAUGUGCAGACGAGCCAGAAUUCAAGGACCUGAGACUAUUGAGAGCGGAUGAAUUCACCUACACAAGUAUGGGAGGUGCGACCAGCAUUGAUGGCGUGGACGACAGAGCGGAGAUGGCAGAGACACGGCGGACAUUCUCUCUGCUGGGGCUGAAGGAAACCUUUCAGUUGGAUGUAUUCAAGGUGCUAGCGGGAAUUCUGCAUUUGGGAAACAUACAGAUCAAAUCCAAAGGGACUGACACCUCAUCAGUCAGUACCAGCGACAGGCACCUGGCCACCUUCUGCGAUCUUCUGGGUGUCAGCGUCGAAGGCUUGUCCCGCUGGCUGUGCCACCGACGCAUCGUGCUUGUGGCUGAGACCGUGGUGAAGCCUGUUCCCAGGGAGCGUGCAGUCAACGCCCGCGAUGCCCUGGCCAAGCACAUCUACGCCCACCUCUUCGACUGCGUCAUCCGCAACAUCAACACAAUGCUGCGGUUUGCUGGCAAACAGCACACCUUCAUCGGGGUGCUGGACAUUUACGGGUUUGAAACGUUUGAGGUUAACAGCUUUGAACAGUUUUGUAUUAACUAUGCAAAUGAAAAGCUGCAACAGCAGUUUAACCUGCAUGUUUUCAAACUGGAACAAGAGGAGUACAUGAAGGAAGACAUCCCAUGGACAUUGAUUGAUUUCUAUGACAACCAGCCUGUUAUUGACCUCAUUGAAGCCAAAAUGGGCAUACUGGACUUACUGGAUGAAGAGUGCUUGUUUCCACAGGGAACUGACCAGAACUGGCUCCAGAAACUAUACAACAACUACCUGGACAAGAAUGCACUCUUUGAAAAGCCCAGGAUGUCAAACCAGGCCUUUGUGAUUCAGCACUUUGCUGACAAGGUGGAGUAUCAGUGCAGAGGCUUUCUGGAAAAGAACAGAGAUGUACUUUAUGAAGAGCUGGUGGACAUCAUGAAGGACAGCAAAUUCCAUCUCCUAUCAGAUUUCUUCCAAGCGGAAGAUCAGGUCCCUCCCCUAAGUAAGGGCAUUAACGUCAGGCCUGCCAGGCCGGGCCUGAAACCAGCCAAUAAGCAGCUCAGGACAACUGUGGGCAACAAGUUCCGCAACUCCCUAUCCCUCUUGAUGGAAACGCUGAACGCCACCACCCCUCAUUAUGUGCGCUGCAUAAAACCGAACGAUGAAAAAAAUCCUUUUGAGUAUGACUCCAAACGAGUGGUGCAGCAGCUCCGGGCCUGUGGAGUUCUGGAGACCAUUCGUAUCAGCGCUCAGAGCUACCCCUCAAGGUGGACUUACAUUGAGUUCUACAGUCGCUACAGUAUUCUGAUGACCCAGUCUGAGCUGGGCCUUAUGGACAAGAAGCAGACAUGUAAGAAUGUCCUUCAGAGGUUAAUCCAGGACCCUAACCAGUACAAGUUUGGCCGGACCAAAAUCUUCUUCCGUGCUGGCCAGGUGGCCUACCUGGAGAAGCUGCGGUCCGAUCGCCUACGGGAGGCCUGCAUCACCAUCCAGAAGCACCUGCGUGGCUGGAAUCAACGCAAGAAGUUCCUGCGCAUGCAGGCUGCAGCCACCACCAUCCAGCAGUAUGUGCGUGGAAAGAGGCUGAUCCGACAAGCUAUUACGGCUGAGAUGCUGAAGCAAGCCUGGGCAGCUAUCGUCAUCCAGAAGUACUGCCGCGGAUUCCUGGUCCGGCAGGUGUAUAAGCUGGUGAAGGUGGCCACUCUGACCAUCCAGGCCUACGCCAGGGGGUGGCUCGCCCGGAAACGCUACAGACAGAUGGUGGCAGACCAUAAGGCCGUGGUGCUGCAGAAGUACGCCCGAGCAUGGCUGGCCCGGCGUCGCUUCCAGAACAUCCGCCGACUCGUUCUCAAUGUUCAACUGUCCUACAGAGUCCAGCAGCUGAAGAAGAAGCUGGAGGAGCAGAGCAGAGAGAACCACGGCUUGCUGGAAAGGCUGACCACCUUUGCAAACUCUCGCGCUCAAGACCUGGACAAGCUUCAGAGGCUGGAGACGGAGCUCAGCAAAUCCAUCAAUGACAGGAAGUCCCUGGAGCAGCGCGAGAAGAUGAACAAGGAGAACACAGACCAGGUGAUUCUUCAGCUUCAAGCUCAGAAUGACAGGCUUGCUCAAGAGAAGCAGGACAUGGAGCGGAGACAUGCAGAUUCUGUGCAGGAAAUGAAGGACAGCACUGAGGUAUUAAAGAAGAGGUUUCAAGAAGAACUUGGGAGGGAAGAAAGGCAAAGAAAAAUUGUGGAGAAUAACAUCGAAAUCCAGAAGGAGGACUAUGAGAAACAGGUAGAAGCUAUGAAAGAGGAGAACAGGAGGUCGAGGGAGCAGAAUGUUAGUUUCCAGCAGCAGAUUGAGGAAGAGAGUCAAGUCAACCGUGACUUACAGGAACAAGUUCUGCAGCUUACUAAGCACGUCAAAAUGAUACCAGAACUGCGGAAAGAGGUCCACACCCUCCAAACGCAGAAAGAUGACCUGGAUAGAAAGCUAAAGCAACAGAGACAGGAAGCAGGAGAGAAAAUUUCUAUGGUCACCAGACAACUUCUUGGUGGUAUAAAUGACAAUGAACUUCUUGCCAGGAUAAUUCCUGAGAAUCCUGAAGAUUUUGGUGAAGAUGGAGAAUUUCUGUUUGCUUAUGAAGCUCUACGUGAAGCCAGCAGAGUAAUGGAGAUGCGUUCUCAGGCUCAGAAACAGGACAAUGACCGAGAAGUCCAAAGCCUGAGGCUCCAGAUGGAUCAUCUGCAGAAUGAGAACAACCAGCUGCAGAAGCUCUUCCAGGAAGAGAACAACAUCAAAGACAGCAUCCGGCAAGAGGUGGCUCGGCUCGCUGCUGAGAACAUGGUAAUACCACAGUUUAAGCAGCAGGUGUCAGAACUACAGAGACAUAAUCAAGAUCUAGAAGCCCGCAUAACAGAGCAGGCUGCAGAGAUGAAAGGUAAAAUGGAAGACGUCUCAAGCAGUCUCCGCAGCAGCCUAGAAGAGGAAGGCCUACAGAGAAGGCUCUUGGAGCAGCAAAAGGCAGAAUUUGAAAGGGAGAAAGCGGAGCUGGAGAGCCGACUGGAGGAGAAAGAGGAGGGGAACACCCAGCUGAGGAAGCAGCAGCAGGCUGAGAGUGAAGCCAAGAGCCGUCUGCGACUGGAGACGUCGCGGCUCACUGCGGAGAACAUGGACUUUGAGGAACAGCUUGAUAUGAAAGACAGGUUAAUAAGGAAACUACAGAAUCAGAUCAAGAGUCUUCUGAAAGUGGAGAAUGCCAAUCAAAAUCAAGUCUCUGCUGUCCCCAAAGAGUAUCUCGGCAUGCUGGAAUACAAAAGGGAAGAUGAAUUAAGGCUUAUCCAAAAUAUUAUUUUUGACCUAAAACCGAGGGGGGUGGUGGUUAACAUGAUCCCUGGGCUGGCCGCUUACGUCCUAUUCAUGUGCAUCCGCCACGCGGACUAUCUUAACGACGACGCCAAGCUCAAGUCCUUAAUGAGCAGCAUCAUUGACGGCAUCAAGAAGAUCAUCAGGAAACACCUGGAAGACUUUGAGAUGCUGUCAUUCUGGCUUUCCAACACCUACUACAUGCUCAACUCUCUGAAGCAGUACAGCGGGGAGGAGGACUUCAUGAAGUACAACACCCCACGGCAGAACAAGAACUCCCUGCAGAAUUUUGAUCUAUCUGAGUACAGACAGAUUUUCAGUGACCUCGCCAUUCACAUCUAUCACCAGUUUGCCAGCGUCAUGGAAAAAGCCCUGAUGCCGCUGAUUGACACACAUGCAAGUGAGAGCAAGCUUGCCAACGAAGGGCAGCCACCUGCAGAGGCACCCAUGGAGCUCAGGCUUAAGAUUGCCUGUGCCUGGUUGCUGGUUCAAGCCCUGCCUCAGCAGGGUAGUCACGUCUGUGGGUUCAUGAGCAAGGCCCAUAACCUUCAGCUCCAUGGGCGCCUCUGCAAGUGGCUGCUGUUUGCUAGCAGAGAGAACCACGGCUUGCUGGAAAGGCUGACCACCUUUGCAAACUCUCGUGCUCAAGACCUGGACAAGCUUCAGAGGCUGGAGACGGAGCUCAGCAAAUCCAUCAAUGACAGGAAGUCCCUGGAGCAGCGCGAGAAGAUGAACAAGGAGAACACAGACCAGGUGAUUCUUCAGCUUCAAGCUCAGAAUGACAGGCUUGCUCAAGAGAAGCAGGACAUGGAGCGGAGACAUGCAGAUUCUGUGCAGGAAAUGAAGGACAGCACUGAGGUAUUAAAGAAGAGGUUUCAAGAAGAACUUGGGAGGGAAGAAAGGCAAAGAAAAAUUGUGGAGAAUAACAUCGAAAUCCAGAAGGAGGACUAUGAGAAACAGGUAGAAGCUAUGAAAGAGGAGAACAGGAGGUCGAGGGAGCAGAAUGUUAGUUUCCAGCAGCAGAUUGAGGAAGAGAGUCAAGUCAACCGUGACUUACAGGAACAAGUUCUGCAGCUUACUAAGCACGUCAAAAUGAUACCAGAACUGCGGAAAGAGGUCCACACCCUCCAAACGCAGAAAGAUGACCUGGAUAGAAAGCUAAAGCAACAGAGACAGGAAGCAGGAGAGAAAAUUUCUAUGGUCACCAGACAACUUCUUGGUGGUAUAAAUGACAAUGAACUUCUUGCCAGGAUAAUUCCUGAGAAUCCUGAAGAUUUUGGUGAAGAUGGAGAAUUUCUGUUUGCUUAUGAAGCUCUACGUGAAGCCAGCAGAGUAAUGGAGAUGCGUUCUCAGGCUCAGAAACAGGACAAUGACCGAGAAGUCCAAAGCCUGAGGCUCCAGAUGGAUCAUCUGCAGAAUGAGAACAACCAGCUGCAGAAGCUCUUCCAGGAAGAGAACAACAUCAAAGACAGCAUCCGGCAAGAGGUGGCUCGGCUCGCUGCUGAGAACAUGGUAAUACCACAGUUUAAGCAGCAGGUGUCAGAACUACAGAGACAUAAUCAAGAUCUAGAAGCCCGCAUAACAGAGCAGGCUGCAGAGAUGAAAGGUAAAAUGGAAGACGUCUCAAGCAGUCUCCGCAGCAGCCUAGAAGAGGAAGGCCUACAGAGAAGGCUCUUGGAGCAGCAAAAGGCAGAAUUUGAAAGGGAGAAAGCGGAGCUGGAGAGCCGACUGGAGGAGAAAGAGGAGGGGAACACCCAGCUGAGGAAGCAGCAGCAGGCUGAGAGUGAAGCCAAGAGCCGUCUGCGACUGGAGACGUCGCGGCUCACUGCGGAGAACAUGGACUUUGAGGAACAGCUUGAUAUGAAAGACAGGUUAAUAAGGAAACUACAGAAUCAGAUCAAGAGUCUUCUGAAAGUGGAGAAUGCCAAUCAAAAUCAAGUCUCUGCUGUCCCCAAAGAGUAUCUCGGCAUGCUGGAAUACAAAAGGGAAGAUGAAUUAAGGCUUAUCCAAAAUAUUAUUUUUGACCUAAAACCGAGGGGGGUGGUGGUUAACAUGAUCCCUGGGCUGGCCGCUUACGUCCUAUUCAUGUGCAUCCGCCACGCGGACUAUCUUAACGACGACGCCAAGCUCAAGUCCUUAAUGAGCAGCAUCAUUGACGGCAUCAAGAAGAUCAUCAGGAAACACCUGGAAGACUUUGAGAUGCUGUCAUUCUGGCUUUCCAACACCUACUACAUGCUCAACUCUCUGAAGCAGUACAGCGGGGAGGAGGACUUCAUGAAGUACAACACCCCACGGCAGAACAAGAACUCCCUGCAGAAUUUUGAUCUAUCUGAGUACAGACAGAUUUUCAGUGACCUCGCCAUUCACAUCUAUCACCAGUUUGCCAGCGUCAUGGAAAAAGCCCUGAUGCCGCUGAUUGUGCCUGGGAUGCUGGAGCACGAGAGCCUGCAGGGCAUCUCCAGCAUGAAGCCCACCGGCUUCCGCAAGCGCUCCAACAGCAUCUACGAGGACGCCGAGCUCUGCACCAUCUCCUCCAUCCUGCAGCAGCUCAGCCACUUCCACGCUGUCAUGCUGCAGCAUGGCAUGGAGCCUGGCCUCAUCCGACAGGCCGUCCGGCAGCAGUUCUUCCUGGUGGGGACGGUGGCCCUCAACGGCAUCCUGCUGCGGAAGGACAUGUGCUCCUGCAGAAAGGGCAUGCAGAUCAGGUGUAAUAUUAGUUACCUGGAGGAGUGGCUGAAGGAGAAGGACCUCCAGGCCUCCGGCGCCAUCGAGACCAUGGAGCCGCUGUCCCAGGCAGCCUGGCUUCUCCAGGUCAGCAAAUCCACCGACGAGGACGCCAGGCAGAUAUCGGAGACGUGCACCGAGCUGUCGCCCGUGCAGAUUGUGAAAAUUCUGAACUCCUACACACCCAUAGACGACUUUGAGAAACGGGUGGCACCAUCUUUCGUCCGCAAAGUUCAAUCUUUAUUGCAGGACCGCACUGGAUCCACACAGCUCAUGCUGGACACACAGUAUCGCUACCAGGUCAUCUUCCCAUUCGCCCCCUCCCCCCAGGCCCUGGAGCUCAUCCAGGUCCCCCACAGCCUUAAGCUCGGCUUUCUCACCAGGAUAUGACACUCGCGAUCAUGUGACUGCACCGGGGUCGCCUCUUACAUCUAAAUACACUGAUUAUGUCAAAUGAGGUAUCAGAGGAAUCAAAUGAAAUGUUUAAAUAUCAGUUGUCAAGGGAUUAAUAAUUAUGAGUUAUUAUAAAAAAUCUUCAAGUAAAUUUUUAUUACAGAUAUCCUGUACUGCAAAGCACCAGUGUCAACUCCAUUCAGUAAAUUAUUAGUUACUAUUUUAAUACAUUAAUAAUACUAAUCAUGUAAUGUAACUUUCCACCUUACACAAAGUGUUAUUUACAUGGGGAAAAAUGAUGCCCUGGAAACAUGGUGUUGCACACACACAGAUAAAAGGUCAAGUUCAUUUUAUGUGCAGAGUAUCUUUCAUCAGCACAGACACAUUGUGUCAAUGUUUUUUUGUUUUGCCUCAAGACAUGUUUUUUACCUGUGGAUGAAUAUAAUUUAAAUCACUUAUAAAAUUAUUUUGGAAUGGAAUAUAGACUACAUGUGUGUAAUAUAUUAUGUAAAUUGUUCUUAAGAGCAAAAUAUUUUUGAUUUUGUAACUACAAAAUACCAAAUGUAUUUCAUAUGCCAGUGUCAUUUUGAAGUCCUAAUGUUUUAACAAUAAUAUCUGAAUUGGUCACUGUUCUAAUUCUAAACUCAUUUUUUGUGAACUGUGUAUUUUUUGCCAAUGAAGGUUUACUUGCUAGUUGCAAGUACAUUGUAGUGUUGCUCUACUUGAUGACAUUCCAUCUUAAAGGAUCUCAGUGCCCCCCCCCCGGGUUGGGAAACACUGCUCUACAUAAAAAAUACCAUUAUAUACCUUAAUAUGUAACAAUAUUAAUUGCUGAUUGUCGGCCUUUUGGGGAUGUUUACGUCUCUGUUACAUGCUUACGUACUUUAUGCAGCAAUGUUGAAAGUGCUACAAAUAUAUCUGAUUUUCAAUGUGUA